CCAUCAUGGCGCUCUUUUUCCUUCUUGCUGCGUCUUUUACUAGUGCUCAGCAGAACUCGUUCCAGAUCAUCAGCGACAAUGCGCUGCCUAUACUUUCUGCUGAUCGUACCGCUGCUCUCACUCAAAACAUAUCCUGCAAUUUCAUCGAGAUUGGUGGCUCAUUAUACCGACAGACAGAGAAUUUGACAACCGAAUACCUCGAUCAACUUUGCACAUCAGAUUGUGCGGACUCUAUCGCCAGCUAUCGGACGAGGGUGGUUGACGCCUGUGAGAACGAUGUAUACAACGACACGAGUAACGCUACUCAAUACAGCUAUGCGUCUAGAGGUGCUUACUCCCCUAUCUACCCGACUAGUACUUUGCCAACUACAAACAAAGAUGUACCAAAAAUAGGAAUUAGUGCUGGUGCUUACUGCUAUCAACAUCUGCUAGAGACCGACACGCAAGACGAGUGUGAUGAGUGCGGCCUCAGGAAGUUUCGUGCCGAACUCGAGAAUGGCUAUUUUUAUAACAGGGCUCUCGCGUCUGAGUACUCUGCUCUUACCUCGAGUUGCGGCGUGACGAAUCUACCUGUGACUUCACCUCCCUCGGUCGUGAUUGCAAGCAAUACUGCCGCGAACCCGAAACCGACAUGUGCCGGCAAGAUUGUGAAUAUCACACCCAGUUGCACUUGCGACUCCAUUGCUACAACCAAUAAUAUCAGUACCUGGCAACUGCUCUCUACCAAUGGUCUGCAGGGAGGAUGUGCUGGCUUCCCCACAACUGGUAGUCUCUGCAUCUCAGGGAACUGUCAAUCUUACAAAGUGAAGUCAAGCGACAACUGUCGGCAGAUAGCGAUCAAAUUCGGGAUAACUAUCACUCAGUUGCGUACUUGGAACCCCAAUCUCGGUCCAGCUUGCAGCAACUUCGACACGGUCGUGGGUCGCCAGAUCUGCGUCUCGAAUCCGAACAAUUUUACACUGGCUACAAACACGAGAGCUCUUUCGACCCUAUCGCCAACAGCAGUAGCCCCUGUGCCGACUGAUGUUGUCAAUGGAACCAAUUGCCACUGCGGACAGUACUAUCAUGUCAAGGGGAAUCAGUCUCAAGGACUUUUUUUCCUGAACCCCGAGGUCAACCAGAACUGCACCAACUUAUACCUCAACUAUAGCUACUGUGUACAACCUUUUGGCGACAUCUCAUCUUAUCCUGGCUAUAGCAGUGGGGCCGGGACAUCAAAGGUCACCUCGAGCUCUCGUGUUAAAAUCACCGUAAAACCAACUCCAUUCGACUCGCUUCCAGACGCAACUAUGGCAACAUUGUGCAUAGAGCCGACACAGAGCUACCUUUUCCCUCUUGCGAGUGGCACCAGAGGUGACUGUAAAGAAUAUACAGACAAUACCUACGGCGCCGUCAGUUGUGAUUAUAUCAACCCAGGUGUUUCGAUGAUGGAUCUCACAAGUUGGAAUCCCUCUUUGAGUCCCUACAGCUGUACUCUGGUUAACGAAACGAGAUAUUGUACCGUACUCGGUGACGCAUACGUGUCUCACGGCUUCACUGAUACUGCGAAUUAUGCGUCUGCACCAAGUAACGCGGCGAACAACUCUACGGCAAACUGCCACCAUUGGUACUCGGUCCAGUCAGGUAACAGUCACAUC